AUGCUUAGGACAAAUCAAUCCAUAAUCACUGAGUUUAUCCUUCAAGGGUUCCCAGGCUCUCCGCAGUCCCAGAAGUAUUUGUUUGCCCCCGUUCUGUUUAUGUACCUCCUCACUGUAGUUGGCAACAUGCUAAUCAUCUUCAUCAUUGUCCACGAUCACCGUCUCCAUAGUCCCAUGUACUUCUUCCUGGGGAACUUCUCCUUCCUGGAGAUCUGGUAUGUGACCACCUUGUCACCCAAGAUCUUAGCCAACUUUCUGGCCAAGAGGAGGGCCAUCUGCUUCUCCUGUUGCAUUGCCCAAGCCUUCUCCCACUUCUUACUGGGAGCCACUGAAUUCUUCCUGCUAGCGGCGAUGUCCUUGGAUCGCUAUACGGCUAUCUGCAAGCCUUUGCAUUACGGCAUUAUCAUGAGCCAUAGGCUUUGCUUCAAGUUAGCAAUGGGAUCAUGGCUGGGAGGGUUUUUCACAGUCAUCGUUCAAACCAUCAUGCUCUGCCAACUCCCAUUCUGUGGUCCCAAUCUGAUCAACCAUUUCUACUGUGAUGUGACCCCACUCCUGAGCUUGGCAUGUGCUGACACACGCCUUCUGGAACAGAUUGUGUUGGUGGGAUCGGCCUUGCUUCUCUUCAGUUCCUUCUCCUUCACGGCAAUAUCGUACUUCUUCAUCAUAUCUACCAUACUGCACAUCCCUUCCUCUUCAGGACGACAGAAGGCUUUCUCAACCUGUGCUGCCCAUCUGACGGUCGUCUCUAUACAAUAUGGAACUGUGAUGUUUAUGUACGUGAAGCCCAAGGCCAACUCCUCCCUUGAGGUGAACAAGGUGGUUGCUGUGUUGAAUACCAUCAUAACUCCUCUCCUUAAUCCUUUUAUCUACACCUUGAGGAACAAAGAUGUCAAAGAAGCUUUGAAGAGAGCAACAAAUAUUAAAAAAUAUUUCACUGAGAGGCACCUACCAGGUGUGAGGUAA